UUGCCGUGCGGCUGGCUGCUGUGGUUGGCGAAGCUUAUUCGGGCAAAGAGGCGGGAGGGGGAGGAAAAGGAGAAAGCGAACGCGCGCGCGCCAAGGCCGGGCGUCGAGCCUCGGAAGAGAAAGGCGAGGCGGACGGUGCCAUUAAUCGAAGGGGGGGGACGUUUGGUGCGGCUUUAGGGGGUUUGGGCUAUACCUUCCUCCGAGGGGGGGAGGUGCUGCGGAGCGCCUGCGCGCUAGUCAGUCAGCGAGUCUGUGGCCCUGAGGAGACGGUGAUGUGGCGGCGCUGAGGGAGCGCGAGAGCGGAAGGUGCGCCAUGGCAGAGGCGUCCGGGAGCCCCUCGGCGGCGGGUGCGGAGGCGGCCUUGGACCCCGAGUUUCCUCCGCAGAGUCGGCCACGUUCUUGCACAUGGCCUCUACCCCGGCCGGAGCUGGCAGGGCCGCCGGCGGAGCCCGACCCAGAACCCGGCGGCGGGGUAGGAUCCGGGAGCGGGCUGGGGAGCCCGGAGGAGCCUGGCGGCAGUGGCGGAGUGACAACAGCCGCGGCGGCAGGAGGUCCUGGGAGCGGCGGAGCGCGGAAGAGCAGCGGCGGCGGCGGGAGCAGCGGCGGGGCGCGUCGCAAUGCCUGGGGUAGCCAGUCGUACGCCGACUUAAUCAGCCAGGCCAUCGAGAGCGCCCCGGAUAAGCGGCUCACCCUGGCGCAGAUCUACGAGUGGAUGGUCCGUUCCGUGCCUUAUUUCCGUGACAAGGGAGACAGCAAUAGCUCUGCCGGGUGGAAGAACUCCAUCCGGCAUAACCUGUCUCUGCAUAGCAAGUUCAUUAAAGUGCACAAUGAAGCUACAGGGAAGAGCUCUUGGUGGAUGCUCAAUCCAGAAGGUGGUAAGAGUGGGAAAGCUCCACGGAGGAGAGCUGCCUCCAUGGACAACAGCAGCAAACUGGCAAAAGUCAGGGGGAAAGCUUCAAAGAAAAAGGCGGCUAUGCAGGUGGCCUCAGAACCUCCUGCUGAUAGUCCAGGCUCUCACUACCCCAAGUGGCCUGGCAGCCCCUCAGCAAGAAGCAACGAGGACUCUGAUGUAUGGACCAGUAUUCGGCCUCGAACCAGUUCCAAUGCCAGCACCAUCAGUUUAGGACUUUCUCCAAUCUUGACUGAGCAGGAUGACCUUCCCGAUGAGGAGCUCCUCCCUUCUCUCGUCUACUCCAGUGCAUCUAGCAACGUUCCACCCACUGUGACAGAGGAGCUGGAACUCAUUGAUGGCCUAAACCUGAUGUCACCCAGUUCAUCCUUGCUAUCAGCUCAGCAGCAUACUUCGAGUGGUCUGGCUCAGAGAACUCCCAGUUUUCCCUUGCAGAACCAGAACUCAGCUACUCAUGCACCAUCAUUUGGCAGCUCCCUCUUCAACCCUGUUGAUAUCUCGCUGCACAGCUCUGGUGGCCAUUUCUCUGGUCCACAGACACUGGAAGCCCUCUUGACCUCCAACUCACCACCUCCUAGUGAUGUGAUGAUGACGCAGGUAGAUCCAAUCCUCCCACAGAGUGGAGGCAGGUUGAACAGCCAGACUUUUCUGCUCUUGGGGGACCAAUCCUCUAAAAGCAAGAUGAGCCCAGUUAACCUGCUCAGAAAGCCUUCGGAACAGCAGUUGGAUUCGGUCGGUACCACUGCUUUGACCUCUGCCCUUACCAUGGUGACAGCUUCGCAAAAUGCAGCAGGCCUGUCCACCUUGAAGGCAUCCAGCCCAGCACAGUCUACCCAGGUGAUACAGUUGGGUGCUUUGCCACCUGUAUCUGCCGCCACUCUUACUCCUUUUGGAGGUAAUCAGGAUAGGCUGCCUAAUGACUUGGAUGUUGAUAUGUACAUGGAGAACCUUGAAUGUGAUGUGGAUUACAUUAUCAAUACCGACCUCAUGGACGGAGAAGGGCUGGACUUCAAUUUUGAACCCAUUCCUUCUGCUCCUGCCUACCCCAGCACCUCGCAGGCCUCCAACCACACUUGGGUACCCAGUUAACUUCAGGAUUGACAAAGUGCCCUUCUGGUUUUGGAGCUUUGCACCCCCCAGAAGAGUCUGGAAUGCGGAGAGCACCUGGAGUUGGUCUAGCUGCUCUUCAAGUCAGCUGGGAAGAAGAGCUAACUGCAACAGGAAGGAGGAGAUCCUGUUAAGUGCCACGUCUCUUCCUGAGUCUACCAUAAGCCCUCCAAGCCACAGCCAGACCUCCCUGCAAGGAGCCAGGGGAGCAUUCCAAAUAUGGCCAAAGACUCUUCAUGCCCUGAAGGAGCAAUUCUCUGAAUUCAUGGGGCAGCACCAGCUGAGAUGGUCAGAAGGGGAGCCACUUUGUGCUGACACCAGCCCUUCGCCUGAUCUUUGCCUCAACCAUCCUUUGACUCAGUACCCUUAGCCUUGAUGAAAAAAUGGGUGGGAAGGCGAUAAACACAUCACAUGGCUGCUUGAGUUGCAAGGUCCUUCCCUUCUGCAUUUUUCUGGUGGGAGGAAGGGGUAGGGGAGAGAAAGUUGUGCUCUGGGGAGAAACAAGGCUGUCAAGUCUGUUCUUUGUGCUAGCCAUCAGGCCAAUUUGGAAGCUGAGGUAUGGCGUUGAAGGCAGUGCCUGAGCUAUUGGUAGCACUUUCCUAAAACACUGACUGUCAGAAAGCAGACAAGCAGGUGCUAAAAGCUGUUGCUAAGAAACCAAAACUUCUCCUUGGGUUUGUUUCUGACUGUCCUGCUGCAGUCAAGAAAUGGAAAACCUGGAUCUGGCCUUAAGCAGAACCCUGAUGUUCAUGUUUUUCCUUCUUUUUUUAAAAAAAAGCCCAGAAGGGCAUUUUCUACAGAUGAACUAUUUUGGAGGCUUUUAAAAAAGUAAUCUGGACCGGGCUUUCUGUGGUAGCCCUCAAACUAGUAUAAGUGUCUCCAUAUUGGGUGCCUUUCCUUCCCUCAAAGACAGUAGUAGGAGGUGUGCUUCUCUGAGCUGCAUUAAGAACAAUUUUGUACCUUCUUGGGUAUAUAGCUGGGGGAGCGGGGUAGGGAGAGGGGCACCAAGCAAGUCAUGUUCUUUGGGACUUGGACAGGUGCAGGAUUUGUACAUUAUAGGUAGCCUGUAAAGUUAGCUGCAGAUUAAGUAGAAGCUUUUGUAAACCUUGGGUGUGGGGGACACUCUAUUUUAACAGAGAACCCUAUGAGAUUAUUGGCUAAAAGCACAAACUGUUUUAUUGCAGCAUUAUACAUUUAUCAGACAAAACACUACAGUACAUGAGUCUGGGGGUCUGAAGUUGGGAUUAGGGGAAGCUCCUCGGGGGGGGGGGGUGAGUGUGGGGUGGACAAGGCUUGGAGGCUUUUCCUGCAUAGUAGGACCCUCCAGCAAUGUUAUGCUUUCAGCAACUAAUCAUGAAUUGCCAACAGGUUGCAUUGCAGGGAUUGGCAGUGUGUGUGUGUUGGGGGGUGGGGUGGGGUGUAUCCAUUAAGCCUUAUAAUAACUGGCUCACAGCUGUCACUUCUGAAGCUUCUUGAGCCCUGAUUGCUUUAUAGAACUGGGGGGAGGAGAGUAGACUUGUCACUUUGGGGCAGUCACUGGAUCUGUAGCUUUGAGUUAACUUUUGCUGAUGAGCCUUAUAGGCAGGACUUGGAGAGAACAGUUUGGAUUUGGAGGUUGGAGUUCACUUUGUCACUCUGGAGAAAGAUUCUUGGGAGCCAGGGAAGCCCUGGGGCAGAUCUAGUUGUUCCUUAUCAGCAUUGGAAUAUUUACUGUGGCAGAAAUAGGGGGGUAUGGAUGGGCUACCUUCUAAAACUGGCCCUGCCAUCUAAUGAGGGUUGAUGCUUCAAGAUUAUCCUUUCUUGCAGUGAUGUGCUUAGAAAUUUAUUAUUACUGGAGAUGGGAAACAGUGACAUUUCAACUCUCUGAAUCAAGGCUAAGCACUGUCUAGAGAAGCAAUUGGCACAGGCCCCCGUUUCCCCCCCACACACACACACAGUUAAUUGCUAAAAACUUUCCAUAGAGGACUCCACAGCUUGCCUUCUCUUCCUGUAGUUAAGUAAUUUCUGGCUAUGUGUAAGUCUCCUUAUAGUAAAAGACUGUCUCAUAGGAAGGCGUGUCUUGCAGGAAAGAAGAGACAGACCAAACACCACUUCCUAGCAGUGUCAGCACAGGCUCCUGUUACCAGGCUUUUGGCUGUAGCCUGGCCUUGCUACAUUAUGUGUGCGUUUUGUGACCAUUACCUGUUGUACUUUCACGGGAGAGUGAAGUGGUCUGACUCAGGAAAAGCUUUUUCACACUUUGCCAGCAGAAAGGCUCCCUGUGGAGUUGUCCCUUGCCAGAUAGCAGAGCUGAGUCAGCAGCACGAUUAACAUGAAAAUGAGAAAACUGGCAGAGGUUAGUGGCCUUCAGGUGCAUGAGUGUAUAGUACAUCAGUUUUGUUUUCUCAGUGCUUAGAAAGCUAUAUUUACCAGAAAGGAAGAUGAUCCUAAUUGGAAGUUGACCUUCCCCCUUGAAAAGAAAAUAUUAUACACAGUCUUUCUAUUACUGUACAUACUAGUAACUUGUGCAUUAAUUUAAGACAUGUUAUUUUUCUUGCCAGCAUGACUGAGUGAAAAAUUAGGUCUUCCUUUCAGGCAAAUACAGUAACUGCAUUUUAAAACAAAUCUGUUCCAGAGGGCUGCUUAGGGAAAUUCACUACCCUUCAAAAUGUAAGCCAAAGCUUGAAAAUCUUUGGUCAGGGCAGCACAGCUAGGCGACUGGCAUUUGUGUGCUUCAAGCUAUUCUUGGGAGGAGUGGCAUGCUUGCAGUUACAAAAUUGAAUUAGGAUUGAUUAAUUAUAUAAGUGCCCCACCAGUUUUCAUAUUCACAACUUCUUAUGUGGGCUUGAAAUCUGUACCUCACGCACAACGAUACACCAAAAGAAUGGAAAAAUAUCAACCGUAUUUGCCACUCUAAAUCAAAGGAAUGUUAAAGCAUGUUAAGGAUUGGCUGAUUUGUGUUGCGAGAGUGAAUAGGCACCCUGCCACUCUUCUUCUCCUGCUACUUUGGGGUAUGAAUGAAAACAGAGCUGGCAUGCAAAGGCUGAUCUUGUUGCAUGAUGAUGAUAUUUCUACCUUCACUGAAUAAUAAGAUACUGGCUACAGGGGAUCAGAACAGGUAUUGAUGGCAUAUCUCUCCAUGGGACUCUUGCUAAGGUUGUUUGUAGUGUGAUCUGCGGGAUGUAUUUGGGACUCGGGAGCAUCUGAGAGUUUCCUCUUUGAUUUCUAUGCAUGUCUCAGGAUGGAGCUGUUCUUUUUAGAGCCAGGUGACCUGGGGCUGUCUACCUCCUAGGAUUGUGUUGUGGAGGUGGUAGAGCUCAUGCAGUGUAUAUACUCUUCCAGACUUCUCCGCUGGGACUGGUGAAUUGUAGGAGGGCAGUUGACCUGGAUAGGUUCUACCCUGUUUCUACAAAGGAUUUUUUUUUUGCCCUUGCUAACUUCAGUUUUGUCCCCUGUAGCCAGAGACCCCUCUGUCCUCUUCCAGGGUUUUCCAGUAUCCCCCUUUGCUAGAGAGGCUGUGUGGAAUGUGCUAGAGGGCAAAAUGUGACAAAUAAAUCUCUGUAAUCCUC